UAUAAGCGUACUAAAAAGUGUGCAAUUAAAGUGAUGAUUGCAUCGAGUAUGCAAUUAAAAUUUCUUCAAGGCGUUUAUGUUCGUCCAACUCGGCUUUAUCAUAUUAUCCUGCUCACCACCCUGCCGCCCUUAGGCGCCCCAAUCCUCGCAGCUGCGCAGGUGUAUCACCCCUAGCACCUUCUUAUCAACAUCUCCGAAGAAGCACUCGCGCCAGAAGGAAGGUUUGGCGCUCUCCGCUCGCUGGCUCCUUCGUACCUUUUCCUCGUCUUCCGCUCCACGCGGACGUCGUUCCAGGGACGAGUCCUCCCUGAUCUCGUCGUCACUUUGUCGCAUCCUUCGAAGGGCGAUCGCUGGAUAGGACGAUGCAAUGGGCGAGGGAAAAAGCGACCGUUCCGGCAAAAGGCAAAGAUCCUCCUCUCGCGGUGUCGGGAAGCCACCCCCGGAUCUCGAGAUAGCGCAUGGUAAAGGCAAGGAAAAGAAGGGACGUAGGAGCAAGACCAAGGAGAGAUGGCCGUUUCUCGAAGGAUUGACGGUCGACGAGUUGGCUCGUUAUCGGAGGAGGCGCGUCCAGGAUCGGCCGAAGGACAAUCUUCAGUCUCAUCCGGAAUCGACGAUCCAGGAUUCCGCGUCUGAGUAUCAUCGUGCUUUUGGUGCAAAUGUCGAGGAACCUUCUAAGGAAAAUGUCUGGCCGAUAGAAGAAAGAAAACCUGAGGAUUAUUCGGAGGAAACUCUCGAAGAUGCUUCGUAUUGUAUGGAUUUUCGAGAGCGCGAAGCAAUCGAGGAUCCAUCCAACACGAAAGAAGAGAAUGCUUUUACCCAGUUGGUCCAUGGAACUGAGAAGAUGGAGACAAGAGUGGAAGCCCCGCAGUUUGAGAUUUCAUUCAGACGUCCGUCACUUAUCAGAAGUAGCGAUCCGUCCAUUAUUGCGAAAAGGGGUACAAGCUUGAAGUGCGGCGGGGAUUUCUACACCGAUACGGAAACUUACUCGGCAUACGUACCUUAUGAGGGCCAGCAUCGCGCCGAGCUUGCGCGUCGACCUACGUCCCUGAAGAUGGAGGGCGACCUGGACACCAUGACGGAGAAAUGCGAGAAAUUUAUCGAGUGGCUCAAUGUUAGUCGACCGGAACUCAUGCGUAUACCCACGAACUUGAAGAUGGAGGGUGAGUUCGAGACGUCGACGGAAAAUCAGGACAAGUACGUUCCCUUCGUGGGAGCCCGGAGACCAGAAUUGCUGAGACGAAGCACAAACCUGAAGCUCGAGGGAGAUAUCUACUUUGUACCGGAGUACACCGAUGUGUUCAGAGAUUAUAAUGUUAGAGAUAGACUGCAAUCAAAGAAGCCGCAAACGCAUUUAAAAGCUGGCGGCGACUUUUUCCAAAGUACAGAGAGUACUGAAAACUUUGUUCACCCUCGCAUUCAGCAAGAAGUAGACGCUAAACAGAUCAAAGAUAAUAAUGAAGAAGAUAAAUGGAUAGAAGAAGAUGAUGAAGAAGAGAAACGUAAGAAGGACGAAGAGAUGAAAAUGUUGGUGUCAAAGUUGGAAGAUUUAAAUGGUCGACCACUCGAAAUUCCAGAGUAUCGAGAUGCAUACAAGGAUUUUCCACGCGAACGGCCAAAGCUCGCGAAGCCGGAAGAUGAAAUAGGUCGUGCUGAUGGCUCAAAGGUAUCUUCGCCGUCGCGUUCCAAGUUUUCCAUGAAGAUCGACCAAGACCCAGAGUACCAGUCCAAGUACCUGGAGUAUCCGCGGGAUCGUCCUAUCUAUCGCAAACCACCGCCGUUAUUGAGACCGACGAACGUCUCCUCUUCCGGUCGCGGUAGCGCAUGCUUUAGUAGACCAAUUCAUCGUCAAGAAUGUCGUACAUUCGAGUUCGAACCCACAAGCGAGGUGAGAUCGCAGUACGUUCCUUAUGGAUACAUACCAAAGGUCGAAACACUGAAGAUGCCAGCGAAUCUACGUUUGGAAGGUACCUUUGAUCUUCAACCUGAAUACAGAAAAGCUUAUUGCGCGAAAUACGAUCGUCAGAGCUGCGCGGAACCUAAAACGAUAUAUGGUAGAGGCAGUUCAAGCGCAACAAAGAGAAGAGAAUAUGGUUACUGGUUUAAAAAUGACAAUAUUGGUCAAUGUGACAAAACAAUACCCGCCCAAGAACAAAAUGCUUUUUCUAUAUUGGACACGCGAAUGCAUGAGGAGAAUGUCACUGGGAAACCACCACCCGCCAGCAGAAGCAGAAGCUCUAGAUUGUCUCAAGUCAGUCCGAUGGCAUCGAGACCGACGCAGCUAGAGUUGGCGGAUCGCGCGAUCUCCACGAGAAUCUCGCGAUCUCCCAGUCCAACGUAUCGAUUGCACGUCUGUGACGUCGACAACGAGCCGCGAGGUUUCGGUCAGCAUAGACAGUCUUCCGGAAGAGUUGUUCGCAGUCCUUCGGUCGAUCAUACGAUUCAGGACGAUGAUAUCAUCAGACCGUAUUCGCCCAGCUUCGGCAGGGACAGGCAAAAUCGUCGCGUCAAUGAUCAACCGUUCGUAGUUCUAGAUAACACUCCGAAAAACGUAUCGGAUAGAAGCGAAGCUCGCAGGAAAAAUCGCAUCGACAGAAAUGUCGACGUUAUGGUACCGAUGUCUCGAGGAAGACCUAGAACUCCGACCAGAUGGAUGCCACCGUGGUACGACAAUACGAAUACCAUCUAGGACUUUCGAUCGGUGGCGAAAGCUCAUCGUUGAAAAAAUAUAUACUAUAAUAAUCUGCUGCCUGAAAUGUUUAUGUUAUAAAAAAGCGAUAUAAAAAGAUAAAAGUAGCGAUAAAUGUGUGGACACACUGCCUUUAACUUUGUAUGCAGAAUAAUUGAAAAUCAAUCGAUGAAAUCAAUUCUUAAACAUUUACAUAUACACACAUAUAUAUAUACAUAUAUCCAUAUAUGUCUUAUGUCUUUCAUAUUAGUGAGACAUUAAUUCUUCCUUCUUGCAGAAAUUUUUGAAAGUUACAAAAGUAUAUAUCAUUUCCGCAUAUAUGAAUAAAUCCUAUCGUACAAAUCUUAUCGCUUUUAUCUAAUUCUAAAUGAGAUUGUUUUAUUUUUAACAGGAGCUAGAAAAUCGUGCGCAAUUUUUUUGUACAAAAGAAACCAAAUUCAGAAUUAAUUAUAUUUAGAGCUAAU